AACGUUCAUCUCUAGUUUUCAAGCCAAAAAUGGCGAAGUGCGUGCUCAUUUUUGUUAUUCGGUUUUGAUUUUCUUGUCGAUUUUGAAGACCGCACAAAAUUAUAUAAAACCGAUCCAAAGCAACUAAAAAAGUAAGUAAAACAAUAAUCAGCACGCAAUCAUUCAUGUAGCUUUUUAUCUAAAAUCAUUCGUACGUGAGUUGCAGAGAAUUAUAAUUUGAAGUAUCGCUAAUGUGGAAUCAAUGGCCAGUCGCUGCGGUGCCAGCUGCACCGCCGCCUCAACCUGCCAUACCGCCUCCACUGCCAGAUGCACCGCCGCCACCGCCACCAUCAGACUCCGCGACUCCUGCCCACGGUGCCGCAGUUGCUGCCGGAACAUACAUGCCUGCGAGCGGAGCUCAGGCUGCUACCAAUCCGUAUGAACAGUAUACGGCCGCGCAAUAUGCGGCAAUGACGCCGGAACAGCAAUACGCUCUGCAGCAGCACUGGCAGCAGUGGCAGACUUACCAACAAGAAUACGCCAAGUGGCAUGCCCAGUAUGGAGAACAGUACAAGCGCGAAAUGGCUGCUGCGGCAGCUGUCAGCACAGUGCCUACGCCUGCACCGGUUGCGGCGCCCAUUGGGCCAGUCGCCGCACCAGUGCCCUCAGCUGUGCCUGGAAUCGGGCCAGUUUAUCCGCCAACUCCCAUUGGCCCACAGAUGCCCAUCCAACAGCCCAUACAGCCAUACUAUGCACAGCCGCAAAUGCAACCAGUGGCGCCACAAAUGCCACCGCCUCCCCAAUCGCAGACGCAAAUGCCUGGCAAGAUAAUGGCCCAGCCUCAGAUGUAUAAUCAGCCGCCACCGCCGCCGCCGCAGACCUACCAGCAACAGCAGCAGCCACCGCCGACGCACCAUCAGCAACAACCACCGCCAAAUCAUUGGCAACAACAACCGCCACCGCCGGCUCGAAUCAAUCAAAUGCCGCCCGUAGGCUACAAUCAGCCGCCCACUUCUGGGGAACCCAACAUGUUUCCCAAUCUGCAGCAGCCACCACCUUCGUUCAUGCAACCGCCUCCACCUGCGGCGCCGUCGACGGCCAAUCAGAUGGAUGCCAAUUGGUCAAAGGGACCCCCAGGCAAGGGCAGCGGAAACAUGAGUGAAGCGGAGUCACGCCCGCGCUGGGAUGGGCCGCCACCAGAUAUGGGAUCUCAGCAACAGCAACAGCAGGGCGCAGCGCACAAUAAUCGCUGGCAAGGCAAGGAACCCAGCAGCAACAACAACAAUAACAACAACAGUAAUAAUAAUAAUACCAAUAAUAACAACAACAACAAUCAAGGCCCUAAUAGGCCAGGUCAAUUCGGCAACCGGCGCAAUUGGCAACAGACUUCUGGCAACAACAACAACAAUAGCAACAAUAUGAAUCGGAACAAUCCGUUCAGUAGUGCUCCAUCAGGACAUUUCGGGCCAGACGAUGGGGGUAAUGAUUCUUCUGGAUCUGGGCCCUCGAACUCUGGCAACUUUGGUGCAUCGAUGAGCAAUUACGGCGCAAACUUUGGCAAUAAUGGCGGUGGCCAAGGACCAGGUGGUCCACCAAGCUUUGGCAACAACAACAACAACAAUAAUAAUAAUAAUAAUCGUCGCAGCGGUCGAUGGGAGCCAAAUCGGGCGCAUCAAGGCGGCGGUAACUUUGGCCAUUCAAGCAAUAGCUACAAUGACGACGGCUUCAAUCGAAACUUCAAUCAGCUGCAGGGGAAACAGCAACAGCAGCGCGCGCCGGACUUGGACGAGGCCAGCUUCGAUCGGCUGUUCGAUCAAUGGGAGAAGCAGUUCGAGGACUGGAAGCGCGCCAAUGCCAAUCAUCCGGAUCGCGAAGAGUAUCGGCGCUAUGAGGAGGAGUUUGAGAAGCAGCGACGUCGGAUCGCCGAGCGACGUGAGCAGAUGCGACGCCGACGUCAGGGACAGAAUCCAAACCAACAAGGUCCACCACAAGGUCCCCCAUUUCAUCGGGAUCAAUGCCAACAGCAGGAGGCCGACGGCCAUUACGAUGGGGAACGCAUGCAGCAGGCCAAUGCGAACCCGAAACCGGGCCUGAGGCAGGAGAACGACAUGGAGCCGCAGCAAGAGACGGCCAAUGGUACAAAUCGAGAUGAGUCGCAUUACUAUUCACCACAAUCCGAAGCGGAUGGAAAAGCGAUGCCGUUGGGCUCACGCGCUAGCAAGGAGCCGCCAAAGUCGUCGGCUACCCAAAAGACGCCGCAGGACGUGGAUGCAGUGUCGACAACAACAACAACAACAACGACAGCAACAUCAACAACAACACAACCAAAUAAAGCUCAUCCACUGGGCAAACGUAAGAAUAACGCUGGCGGUGGCAACAGCUCGACACCAUCCAAGCAGACCAAACAGGAGAACAUAUUGAUCAUUUCCCUGGACGACGAUGACGAUGAGGCUGAGGCACAGGGCUCGACGGGUAAGGGGGCAGACACAGCUGGCGAUACGCCCAUGAAGAACAUAUUCAAGAAGACCGAUGGCAUACCGGGACUCGAUUUUAUUGCCGACGGAACUGCUGCGCCGCCGCCGCCGCCAGCCACUGAAUCAGGGAAUUCAAAGGGCACGGAUAACAAUAAGAAGAUACCAUCGCUGUUCGAUGUGGUCAUCGAUAAGCCGCGCAUAUCGCCCACCGAGCGCACUGCCAGCGAUGCGGAGAAGAAGGAGCAACCAGGGCCUGUCAGCGAACCACUGCCGGAUAAUGUUAGCCAUGUGCUCAAGGAUCCCGAGUUUAUGAACAAUUUGUCGCAGGCCCUUGCCCAGGCUCAGGGGCGUGAUCGUGACCAGCAGCCGGAUCAGGAUCAGGGACAGCAGAAGUCAAGCGAGAGCAACGAAAAUGCCAGCAACAACAAGGCCAACAGCAACAGCAACAACCACAACAAUGCAGACAGUGACAGACGCUCCCUGAGCUUUGCCGAGUGGCAGAGGAAAAAGAAUAACCAGAAGACUGGCUCGCAGGACGGACAGUCGCACAGCAUGCCGGAUAAUGGCCCUCGAGAUAACUUUGGACCAGGUCCUGGUCAGGGUCCGGGCCCGGGUCCGGGUCCUGAUCAACGAGCACCUCAUGGAUUCGGACCUAAUAAUGGGCCGCCAUUUGGACCUGCCGGUGCACAGGUCAUGGGACCGAACUUCACUGACUUUAAUGGACCCAAUGGUCCGCCCAAUGGACCCAACUUUGGAGGGCCUAACUUUGGUGGACGUCAGGGACCCGGACCCGGACCCGGACCUGGACCUGGACCCGGGCCCUUCGGUGGCUGCCCUGGACCCAAUGGGCCAUUUGGACGUAAUUUUGGACCAGGCGGACCAAAUAAUCCCAAUUUCAAUGGACCUGGACCGAAUUUCGGUCCCAAUUUCCGUGGCAAUGGACCUGGCAACGGUCCCGGCCCUGGUCCAUUUCGACAAAACCUCUGCGGCCCGAACGGCCCCGGUCCAAACUUUGGUGGUCCCGGACCAUUCGGCGGACCAAACUCGCCCGCAAACUUCGAUCGAAACUUCGGCCCACCAGGGCCCAAUCAUCCAAAUUUCAAUGGCCCCCACAACAAUAAAAACAACUUUAACGAAAAUCCAUUCAGACGCAAUAGUGGAGGCCCAGCGCCCAUCUUUGAUGAUGGACCCGGCUUCGGUCCACGUGGCAAGCCGCAUCAAAAGAACUUUGGACAACAGCGCAACAACUUUAACAACGGAGGAAACAACAACGACAACAAGCCUUGGCCUGACGGCAAUCGGUCGUUUCGUGGUAGGGGUGUCAACUCCAACAGGAGCAAUAGAAGCAUGCAGCAGCAGCAACGCGGACCCAGGUCAAGCACAAAAACUGUUAAACAAACCAAACCUCGACCCUGCGUCACGCAACGUUGCAGCGCGGAGCAAACCGAGGACGAGAUGCGAGCCGGCAGCAGCGAGUCCGUCUAUCGUCCGAUGCAAGUGUUUGACUAUCAGAACAGCAGCAACACCGCCGCCAAGGUCAUCGACUAUGGCCACAAGUCGGCCGAUGGGGCUGUCAAUCGGAUGGCAGCUGUUGAGCCAGGACUAGGACCAGGACCAGGACCAGGACCGGGACCAGGACUAGGACCAAGACCAGGACCAGGAUCAGGAUCAGGAUCAGUAUCAGGCCCAAGACCCGGACCGGGCCAAGCUCUGCCGGACUUUAGGCCGGGUGUUACCUUUGACUAUGGACAUGCACCGGUAGCUGGACCAGCAAGUGCCAGGCCCCUCAAUCGGAAUGUUAAUCAGAAAAUUGGCAACAACAACAACAACAGCAACAGCAACAACAAUGCUAAUAAAAACAACCAACAACAACAACAACAAGUUGCAGACUCGUUCUUGAUGCCCGAUACUGAGUUGAAUGGCCAGCAGCUGGCCGUUGGCAAGCUCGAUGACCUCGAGGACAUAUCCGAUGGCGAGGAUACUCUAACGGAUUUAAUGCACGCGGAAUCGCCACCACCGCCACCGCCGUCAAUGCUAAUCAGGCCGCCAAUUGAGGAGCCAGCGCCACCGAAAGCAUUUCCAGCUAAUCCACAGCGUCGCAUGCUGAGCGACCCACCCACCGCUCUGUUCCCAUCAACAGCAGCGGCCAAUCAACAUAUACCGGAGCCAACGGUAGAUGCCAGUCUGCUGGAAAUGAACGUACCCACGCAAGAGCAUCGCAAUACCAUGUCCAUUGAUGAGGUGCUGCUGCCACCGGGUCGUCUGAUGCGUCCGAAACGCAUUUGCAUCAUCUUGCGUGGACCGCCGGGCUGUGGCAAGUCGUAUGUGGCACGACUGAUCAAGGACAAGGAGGUGGAAAUGGGCGGCGCCAGUCCUCGCAUACUCAGCAUCGAUGAUUACUUCAUAAUUGAGAAUGACUACGAGGAGAAGUGCCCCAAGUCUGGCAAAAAGAUACCGAAGAAGGAGAUACUCUACGAGUAUGAUGAGGCCAUGGAGGAGACAUAUUUGCAGUAUUUGAUCAAAUCGUUCAAGAAGACGCUUAGCGACCAUCUCUAUGACUUUGUUAUUGUUGAUUGCAACAAUAAUUCGUUGCGUUCACUGAACGAGUUCUAUUGCAGCGCUAAAGAAUCGAACUUUGUGCCCUACAUUGUGGACAUGCACUGCGAUGUGGAGACGUGCCUGGGACGCAACAGCCAUCAGCGUAGCGAGGACGAUAUACGUGCUGUGCUGGACAAUUGGUGCCCGACGCCGUUGCAGUAUUUCAAGCUGGAUGUCUCGUCGCUGCUGGAGAACGUUGUUGAGAUGGAAGAUGUUGAGAAUAUGGCAACGGAUGAUAAUGCCAAUAGUGCGGAGCCAGCAACCGAGGAGGGUGCCGGGGAUUCCCAAGCCGCUGCCCACGAUGAGGACAGCAAUAGCGCUGAUGCGGCCAACGAUUGCGGCUUUCUGAAAAGCAAGUGGGAAAAUGAUACCACGGAGGAAAAUCUGGCCCGUCUCGAUGGUACGAAACGCCUGAUGCACAAGCGCAAAGCCGCUAGCAUGGCUGACUAUUUGCAGCUGGAUGAAUGGGAGCCGCCCACAGGCAGCUCGAAUGGCAAGAAACGCGUACGCUGGGCGGACAUCGAGGAAAGGCGAGCCCAGCAAAAAAUGCGUGAGAUUGGCUUUGUGGUGGGGCAAACCGAUUGGAAGCGCAUGAUGGAUCCCAAUGCGGGAGAUCGUGCACUCAAUAAAACCAAGUACAUUGAACGCGUGCACAAAAGGCGCUAAUCAGGAUGGAUCCAUUACGAUCCGAUGUGACAACGGGUACCAACUGAAACAUGUCACAAAUGGAAUCCGAUAUGCCAUACGACCUCAUCAAAUUGGAUUUUUAGCCUCAUUUUUAUUUUUUUUAUUUUGUAAACUUGAUUGUUAAGAGCUGAUCGUAUUCUAGUUAGGUAGUUGGCUUUCAUUUGUUAACACAAUGCUCGCAUGCAUCAAAAUGCGUUGCGUGUCCCAGCGAACAACAAACAACCGAACAAUGCAAUCAUCUAUCAUUUCCAAUACGAAUCGGACUCAAUUUCCAGAACAUCAUG